UUUUUUUACCAUAUAAUCUAAUGCAUAUGUUCUCGGACAAAAUGGGCAUGAACAUUUGACACAAUAUUCUGAUAAAAAAACUGAAAAACAAGAAAACUUUCCGACCCUCGACAACGUUGCAAAAAGUUCGCGAAUAGUAUUCAGCACCGCGAAAAUCGAUAAUCCGAAUCAAACUGAGACGAACUUAGUAUGAUGCGAGGGACGUGUUUUGGACUUGUUGAGUUUGCUGCAUUGGCUGUCACUUCACAGAGCUGGUCUGGAAAGGUGCUGUAGAUCCCGGGAUUAUUUCAAGACGGCUUUAAUCCGAAAAGCGUUAAAAGUCAUAUACUCUUAACUGGCGAUCAGAGAAAAGGGGCAGACCUUUGAUUUGGAGUUCGCAUUGAAAAAGCACAGGACAGCUGCCCUCCAAGAUUAUUUCCAUUGACAGAAAUAGGCCCUGCCUCCCUUUCCAUUGAAAGAUACCAGUUUGAACAUAUAUAUGUGAACUUGAACAGAUGUGAAUAAAAUUUGAAACAAACUCAGAAUGAUGCGGGGGAUGUAUCUUGGACUUGUUGUGUUUGCUGCUUUGGCUGUAACGUUCGUAGCGUCACAGAGCUGGUCUGGAAACUACCAGAGGCGAAUUGGAGUGACGCAUUACAGUUUGGUCUGGUAUUGCCGAUCUAGUUACUAUUACCGUUACCGGUACCACUAUUCUUGGGGAUAUGACUGGUAUAGGCGAUGGUGGUGUCCCGCUUACAGCUAUUACUACAGUCCUUCGUAUGGUUAUAUUUAUUCGUGUAAACCAGGUUGGAAAACGAGUAGCUACCGAAACUGCGAUACACCUGUCUGUCGGCCAAGAUGUCUGAACGGUGGAACAUGUUCAUCUCCAAAUGUAUGUAAUUGCCCUAGUUCGUCAACUGGUGGAACAUGUCAGACACUCACCUGUUCCUAUCGACGCCCCUGCUAUCCUGGGGACUGUGAAGCGAAUUCAUGCACGUGUGAACCCGCGUUUUAUUCCACGAACCCAUCAGACGGAUGCAUUAACAUUAACAGCACUGCGGAGGACUUUCGUCCAGAAAUCGUCAAGAGCAACGUUACACUCGCCCUCAUACGGCGCUCUGAUAAUGAAACACAGUAUAUGUUCACAGUGGUCGGAAAGGAUAAAAAUAAUUUCACACUUAUUUGGAGCAAUCAAAAGCGUUUCAACAACUUGAGGUUCGAGUUCGAUACGCUGAUUGACAAUCCUGAAAUCCCAGAAAGACCUAAUUAUAUCCAUGAAACUAAAAUGGGAAUCGUUUCGAGCAGUAUAGAGGCAUCUGUAAGCAAAAUACCACGUGAUGGAGGCAGCAAAAGAUUUAUUGCUUCCAGCAAAACCUACAACUGUGAGACUGGUAUAAGCAAUGAUAAUCCUGAAGUAGAAAAGGACACUUGUGAAUUCAACGAAGACAACUUUGCGACCUUGAUUGAACAUGGAGAUAUUCUUCUUCUAAAAUUCCGAUCGCGUAGCGGUGGGUAUCAAAAACUAAUAAACAUCGAUGACCAAGGCAAACCGUUUGCAACCAAACAUUAUAAUGGCCUUCAAGGCGAGGAAAAUUUGGAGUUUCGAUUCGACUUUGUUGUACCCGAGCACUGUUCUUUAGGCUCUGGGUCGUGUCUUUCAAAGCCACUUCAUAUAGACGAUGAAUUUACCAGAAGUACUAUACAAACCCGAUGGUCAGGUUGGACAGAUGCGAUGUCUGGUAUGUGGCAGUAUUAUAUUGAGGUUCUUAAACUGGCACCCAACAGAGACGAAAGACUUGAAGAGUCCACGCCUAUUGACCCAGUUUUCAGUGAAACACUUAACCAUACUGAUGGAGAAAUGUCUAGUUCAUACACGCCCGACGAACCUGGGAUGUACAGUGUGCUCUUGAAAGUGUCCGAUAUGGCCAACAAUUCUCGAAUCGCUCGACGCUUUGUUCUUUACGAUGAUACAUCCGUGAUAUCAGUGAGUAACGAGACGGACAAGAAGCUAUACAUUUCCAGUGCUGUGGAGGAGACUGGAUACACUUGGCAAACGCCUUCGACCAGCAAAGAAAACAAGGUAACGGUGAACGUGAGAUGGGAUGGACACUUUGCGAACAAAUUGCAUGAAGACGGGAAAUUUCUGGCUGAAAUCGAGGAGUUCCCAAUUAAGUUCAGGGACAUAGAAUACGAUGGAAUAUUAAUGAGUUUGAAGUUUGUUGCCGCUUCUCUUGAUGACAAAGACGGUAAACGUACACGUGCCGCCAUUCCCAACUUCCAUGGAAUCGUCAAAUAUGAGGUCGUAUAUGACCAAUCUGCAUCAGAGGAAGUACCAACACGAGGGUGGUCAGAAAUUACUCUUCAAGAAAGUACAUCUACAUUGAGAACCCUUCAAGAUGGCGACCGUUUGCGCGUAUGGGUCAGAGCUACUGAUGUUAUGGGUAAUACAAAAACGGAUUCGACAUUCAUGAGAAUUGACGGAUCUCCGCCAACAAUUUCAAGUGGAAGUAGUUCAGAUCAUCGCGUUGAAUUAAAUGUUGAUGAUGGUGCAUACAGACAUGCAUCUAGAGCAACCUUUUUGGCGUCUGAUCGAGAAAGUGGUGUUUACAAGAUUGGAAUAAAACUAACAGCGAAAAUGCCUGGGAAGGAUGACAUGGUGACGUACCAAAAUUUUACAGAAGCAAGAAGAGGGAAUGACAACUCAGAUCCGCGGUGUAUCGGGUUAGACCAGAAUGGGAUAUGCCUCCUACCAUUACAAAUUGUGGACAUAGACAAUUGCUGGCUGACGGUCAGCAAGGCUGAUCUUGAAACGGCUUCAGGCGAGCUUGAGAUCACAGCUUACAAUCAAGCAAUGCUUACAGCAACCACUACAUUUGACAUGGGUCCAUUGACAGAACUUCAUGGUUUGGAAAAAUACAAUGGCCCAACGAACAUGAGGAUUGAAAACAAGUCACCAACUGGUUUUAGACUAGCAUGGGACCUUCCUGAAUCGGAGUCCUGUUUUGGAGCUGCAGACAUCGUCAUUAUCCUUACAAACAGGGACUCAAACGGUGAAAUUGAACUUAAAUCGUUUGCAACUCCAAGUACUGCUACCUACUUUGAUUUUCUCGGACUGAACCCUGAGGUUGAAUACAACUUAGGGCUUCAGAUAAAGGCCGAAGGUGGAACGGCUCAGGCAUUUGGGGAAGACCUGUCGGUUGUUACUCCAAAAAAAGAAUCAACCGGAGGGGUUUCUACUGGCACUGUUGUCGGAAUAAUUCUUGGUGUACUUUUGUUGUGCGUUUUGGUUGUUAUCGUUCUCUUCUGCCUCACACGUCAUGGAAUUAUCAACAUUCGACCGCAACGCAGGAUGGGCGAGAUACGUUAAGUGUACGAAAACGUGUACGUCAAUCGGGAAUCGAGACAUCCUAGAUGCAAUGAAAAGGAAAAGGAACGUUUGCGUAUGAUGUUCCGAUAUUCGGUUUAAUCGUGUAUGUGACAGCUCUUGUUUUCCGAACGUAGUGUUUUGUUUUUACUUCUGUUUAGUAUGGCCCAUUUUAUUUGCCCAAUCGUGAAAUUAUUCUAUAAGUGUUUAUUUUUUCCAUUCUUUUUGAGUUUUAUUAGUUAAUCCUUGUAGCCCGUGGUUAUCAUGUUGAUUUGUAAGAUUGCACCUUCAUUGGCUUAUUAUUGACACAUUCUUCUUUGGACAAACCCAUCCUGUCUACCAGUUUUGCAUAAUAUAAAAUAGCUAUUCGUACAUCUUUUCACUCGGCUGAUGUUUCGAAUCAUCAGAAGUGCUCUUUAGUCGAAAACAACCACCAGCAUCAAUUGCGGUAUUAUUACGCCAUUUUAUUAGGUUGUCUAAGUAUGUAAGUGUUCUCACAGUUGUAGAAAGUAACGUUGUCUUUUCAAUUUGAAAUUAAAUGAGACAAUCAAAGAAUAUUUGAGUAUGUAUAAUCAUACGUUGAUUUAAAUAAGAUCAUAAGUAGU